CACACACACACACACACACACACACACACACACCCCAACACCAUUGUUAAGGAAAACUCAGGCCACGUGACUAAGGGGCGUGCCCUGCCGAUUAGGUCAGCAGCUGCUGGGGGCCUCUUCACUUUUACCCACGUUUCCAGGGAGCCUUGAGAGGAACUACUUACUCACCACAGCCCUGGAUGGAGGUGUCUGCGCACUACCCACAGCUCUACUGGACCCAGAGUGGCUCUGGCUGUGACUGAACUUGUCAACCCUCGGAGACUCAGCUCUUCCAUCUCAGCCAGGCCUCCAGGCCCCCUUGUGCAUCCGUGGUGGCCUCCCCGCCUUCCCUGUUCUCCUGCCCUCCCCAUGGCUCAGACAUGAGUGGCCCCCUAGAAGGGGCUGAUGGGGGAGGGGACCCCAGGCCUGGGGAAUCCUUCUGUCCUGGAGGAGUCCCAUCCCCUGGGCCCCCACAGCACCGGCCUUGCCCAGGUCCCAGCCUGGCCGAUGACACCGACGCCAACAGCAAUGGCUCAAGUGGCAAUGAGUCCAACGGGCACGAGUCCAGGGGUGCAUCUCAGCGGAGCUCACAUAGCUCCUCCUCUGGCAAUGGCAAGGACUCGGCCCUGCUGGAAACCACUGAGAGCAGCAAGAGUACAAACUCUCAGAGCCCAUCUCCACCCAGCAGUUCCAUUGCCUAUAGCCUUCUGAGUGCCAGCUCGGAGCAGGACAAUCCGUCCACCAGUGGCUGCAGUAGUGAACAGUCAGCCCGGGCAAGAACCCAGAAAGAGCUCAUGACAGCACUUCGAGAGCUUAAGCUUCGACUGCCACCAGAGCGUCGGGGCAAGGGUCGCUCUGGGACCCUGGCCACACUCCAGUAUGCACUGGCCUGUGUUAAGCAGGUGCAAGCCAAUCAGGAGUACUACCAGCAGUGGAGCCUGGAGGAGGGUGAGCCGUGUGCCAUGGAUAUGUCCACCUACACUUUGGAGGAGCUGGAGCACAUCACAUCUGAAUACACACUUCGCAACCAGGACACUUUCUCUGUGGCUGUCUCCUUCCUGACGGGCCGAAUUGUCUACAUCUCAGAGCAGGCAGGUGUCCUGCUUCGCUGCAAGCGGGAUGUGUUCCGAGGUGCCCGCUUCUCAGAGCUCCUGGCUCCUCAAGAUGUGGGCGUCUUCUAUGGUUCCACUGCCCCAUCUCGCCUGCCCACCUGGGGCACUGGGGCCUCAGCAGGUUCAGGCCUGAAGGACUUCACCCAGGAGAAGUCUGUCUUCUGCCGUAUCAGAGGAGGUCCUGAUCGGGAUCCAGGGCCUCGGUACCAGCCAUUCCGUCUGACCCCCUAUGUGACCAAGAUCCGGGUCUCAGAUGGGGCUCCUGCACAGCCGUGUUGCCUGCUCAUCGCUGAGCGCAUUCAUUCGGGUUAUGAAGCUCCCCGGAUCCCCCCCGACAAGAGGAUUUUCACUACACGACACACACCCAGCUGCCUUUUCCAGGAUGUGGAUGAAAGGGCUGCCCCGCUGUUGGGCUACCUGCCCCAGGACCUCCUGGGGGCCCCAGUGCUCCUGUUCCUGCAUCCUGAGGACCGACCUCUCAUGCUAGCCAUCCACAAGAAGAUUCUGCAGCUGGCAGGUCAGCCCUUUGACCACUCCCCUAUCCGGUUCUGUGCCCGGAAUGGGGAGUAUGUCACCAUGGACACCAGCUGGGCUGGCUUCGUGCACCCCUGGAGCCGCAAGGUGGCCUUUGUGCUGGGCCGCCACAAAGUACGCACGGCGCCCCUGAAUGAAGACGUAUUUACCCCUCCGGCCCCCAGCCCAGCUCUGUCCCUGGACCCCGAUAUCCAGGAGCUCUCCGAGCAGAUCCACCGGCUACUGUUGCAGCCUGUGCACAGCCCCAGCCCCUCCGGGCUCUGUGGGGUCGGCCCUGUGACGUCCCCAGGCCCUCUCCACAGUCCUGGCUCCUCUAGUGAUAGCAAUGGGGGUGAUGCCGAAGGCCCUGGGCCUCCUGCUCCGGUGACUUUCCAGCAGAUCUGUAAGGAUGUGCAUCUGGUGAAGCACCAGGGGCAGCAGCUGUUUAUCGAGUCUCGGGCCCGGCCCUCUGCCCGGUCCCACCUCCCUGCUGCAGGCACAUUCAAGGCCAAGGCCCUUCCUUGCCAGUCCCCAGACCCAGAGCUGGAGGUGGCUCCUGCUCCAAGCCAGGCCCCGCUAACCUCGGCCCCUGAAGAGGGUGAGAGGAAAGAAGCUUCCAGCUGCUCCUACCAGCAGAUUAAUUGCCUAGACAGCAUCCUCAGGUACCUGGAGAGCUGCAACAUCCCUAGCACCACGAAGCGGAAGUGUGCCUCCUCUUCUUCCUACACCGCCUCCUCAGCCUCUGACGAUGACAAGCAGCGAACGGGUUCAGUCCCUCUGGGGGCCAAGAAAGAUCCGUCGUCAGCAGUGCUGCCUGGGGAGGGGGCCACCCCGCGGAAGGAGCCAGUGGUGGGAGGCACUCUGAGCCCGCUCACCCUGGCCAAUAAGGCAGAGAGCGUGGUGUCCGUCACCAGUCAGUGUAGCUUCAGCUCCACCAUCGUCCAUGUGGGAGACAAGAAGCCCCCGGAGUCGGACAUCACCAUGAUGGAGGACCUGCCUGGCCCAGCCCCAGGCCCAGCCCCCAGCCCGGCCCCCAGCCCCACAGUAGCCCCUGACCCAGCCCCAGAUGCCUACCGCCCAGUGGGCCUGACCAAGGCCGUGCUGUCCCUGCACACACAGAAGGAAGAGCAAGCCUUCCUCAGCCGCUUCCGAGACUUCGGCAGGCUGCGUGGACUUGAUGGCUCCUCCACGGCCCCCUCGGCCCCUGGCGAGCGAGGCUGCCACCAUGGCCCCGCACCCCCUGGCCGCCGACACCACUGCCGAUCCAAAGCCAAACGCUCACGCCACCACCAGAUCCCCCGGGCCGACACCCCGUGUUAUGUCUCCCACCCCUCACCCGUGCCGCCUUCUGCCCCCUGGCCACCCCCACCAGCUACCACCCCCUUCCCUGCUGUGGGCUCCCAGCCUCUUCCCCCAGCCCCUACAUCUGUGCCCCCUGCUGCUUUCCCUGCCCCCCUGGUAACCCCAAUGGUGGCCUUGGUACUCCCUAAUUAUCUGUUCCCUACCCCAUCCAGCUAUCCUUAUGGGGUACCCCAGCCCCCUGCAGAAGGGCCUCCUACCCCUGCCUCCUAUUCGCCUUCUCCGUCCCUGCCUCCUCUGCCCCCCAGUCCCCCUCACCACCCAGACUCUCCACUAUUCAACUCGAGAUGUAGCUCCCCGCUCCAGCUCAAUCUGCUGCAGCUUGAGGAGCCCCCCCGUGCUGAGGGGGGUGCCAUUGCAGGUGGCCCUGGGAGCAAUGCUGGGCCCCCACCUCCCAAUGAGGAGGCUGCUGAGCCAGAGGCCAGACUGGUGGAGGUAACUGAGUCCUCCAACCAGGAUGCGCUGUCCGGCUCCAGUGACCUGCUGGAGCUGCUGCUGCAAGAGGACUCUCGCUCUGGCACAGGCUCUGCAGCUUCGGGCUCCCUGGGCUCUGGCUUGGGCUCUGGGUCUGGUUCCGGCUCCCAUGAAGGGGGCAGCACGUCAGCCAGCAUCACCCGCAGCAGCCAGAGCAGCCACACAAGCAAGUACUUUGGCAGCAUCGACUCCUCCGAGGCUGAGGCUGGGGCUGCUCGGGCCAGGGCUGAGCCCGGAGACCAGGUCAUUAAGUACGUGCUCCAGGAUCCCAUCUGGCUGCUCAUGGCCAAUGCUGACCAGCGUGUCAUGAUGACCUACCAGGUGCCCUCCAGGGACAUGGCGUCAGUGCUGAAGCAGGACCGGGAGCGACUUCGGGCCAUGCAGAAGCAGCAGCCACGGUUCUCAGAGGACCAGCGGCGGGAGCUGGGUGCAGUGCACUCCUGGGUCCGGAAGGGCCAACUGCCUCGGGCCCUCGAUGUGGUGGCCUGUGUGGAUUGCGGUAGCAGUGCCCAAGACCCCGGCCACCCUGAUGACCCGCUCUUCUCCGAGCUGGAUGGCCUGGGGCUGGAGCCCAUGGAGGAGGGUGGAGGCGAGGGUGGCAGUGGUGGUAGUGGCAAUGGUGAGGGUGAGGGUAGUGAUGAAGCCCGGGUCCAGGUUGGGGCUAAGGUCUCAAGCUCUCAGGACUUGGCCAUGGAAGAGGAGGACCAAGGUGAGAGCUCCUCCAGUCCAGUCUUACUCACCAUAGAAAAUGGUACCAGCUAGACUCCAUUUUGGGGCCACCAGUGGGACUUCACGAGAGGCUUCCAUCUCUCAUGUCUCAAUUCUCAGAACUCAGAUGUGGCUGGACCAACCAAGAGGAAACUGCCCCAGCUUCUCCCAUCAUAGGGGGCCGGACCCCCAUCACCAGCCCAGGAUCCAGGGGCUGCUUCUGGCCUCUUAGGGAACAGAGAGUGAAACUCCUCAGCCUAGCC